AUGUCGAUAAAGAAGGAGAAAGGGGCCCACAGAAUCAUUGUGGGAGUCGAUUAUGGCACUACAUACACUGGCGUGAGCUAUGUGAGUAGCACCAGCCCGGAUCUCAGAGAUAUCAAACAUAUCUGCAACUGGCCUGGUCCAACCAAAGAAACCGAAAUCGUCUUCAAGGCUCCCUCCCGCAUUGCGUACCCAGAUGGAGAUCUGCCACCUGCGGUUCCAAAAUGGGGCUAUGAAGUUCAACCCGGCAUGACCGCGUACUCGUGGACCAAGCUCCUGUUAGACAGCGAUACGCUAUGGACUCAAUACGAUGAUUCUACUCUGGAAUAUGCUUCCCAGACUGGCAUCCUUCAGUUGCCACCUGGACGUACUGCCAUCGAUGUGGUCGCCGACUACCUCACCCAGGUUUACCAGUUUACUCUCAAGACCCUUGCCAAGCAGAUCACAGAGCAAGCGCUUCGCAUCACACCGAUUGAGUUUUGGUUCACGCCUGGAGACGGUGUUCUAGUCUGCGACUGCGGUGGUGGCACGGUGGACCUUACAACAUUCCUGGUCACUCAAACCUCACCUGUACUCACUUUCGAGGAGCUUUGCGCGGGAAUUGGAUGCAAAUUCGGAUCAAGCGCCAUCGAUCGCAGUUUCUACCGGCUUAUGUUCCAGAGGUUCGGGUCUGCUUUCGAAAACUUGUCUCCAAGAUACACUGGGCCUGGCAGCAGCUUCAUGAACAAGUUCGAAAUAGUGAAACGAGGCUUUGGCCAGACCCCUCAGACUAGCUUUGAGCUUCCUCUCAAGAUGAAGCCCUGUCGGCCUGAUCCGGCGCAUUACGAUGAAGAGGAACGCCUCGUUACAAUUGAUGAGAAUGAUUUGCACGCCAUGUUCAACCCGGUUGUCGACAAGGUCCUGAGUCUGGUACGGCAGCAGAUAGACGAUGCCAAGGUAGAGGCCGGGAAAGACGUUCUAAAUCGAAUCAUCUUGGUUGGUGGGUUUGGCGAUUCAGAGUAUCUUCAUCAAGAAAUGGUGAAGGCCUUCGGAUCCAACGGAAAGAUCACGAUCACCGUUCCCAAUUACGCACAGGCGGCCAUUGUUCAGGGUGCAGCGCUCCGGGGUCUUCAAGGCCUCCAACCUACUACAAGAAGGUGUCGUAGGCAUUACGGUUUCAAACUGGGCAUGCCUUUUGUAAAAGGGGUUGAUGAUGAGUCCGAUGCUUACAUCGACGAAUGGACUGGCUUGAAAUACACUGCCCGUUCCAUGAAAUGGAUGAUAUCGAAGGGGGGAGAGUACAAGCCCAAUUAUACUCAUACGGUGCCAAUUUGUGCAAUUUAUGACGCGUCGCAGCGUCUGCAGUCCUCCCAGACUUUGUAUGCAUGCGACAGAACAAACGUUCAGACACGAAGCUUUGAAGGCAUCUACCCGGUUGGCGAGAUCAUAACAGAUUUUACCAAUACGGAUCUAUCCCGUUUCGAGACGAAAGUCAUUGACGGAAAGCUCAAGUACAGGCUCGAUUACGAGACCAAAGUGAUUUUCGGUGCAGAAGAAGGCGUACUAAAGUUCGAAAGCACUAGCCAGGGCCGGACGAUCGGCCAGACAAGCAUCCGAUUCAAGACAGUGAAGUUCUACUGA